GCCUGUGCAGCUCAAGAGAAGAGCUGCGAAGGGUACGUGUUCAAGAUCGCGAAGGUAAGCCUUGACUGGCACGGUGGCUCCUACAUCACAGGCCAGUGCUCGGUGGUGAGAACCUUCAAAAUGCAGCUGGAGCCGGAGAAGCCAACCGUGCCGGCCACCCUACCGACAGCACCUCCUGUGCCGACACUUCCCGUGGCCUUGCCGACGCUGCCACCGACUCUGCCGCCGGCACCCACGCUGCCACCUCUGACACUGACAAGACGGUUGGAGCCUUCAGAACAUGAGGCGGAGAGUCUCCUCUUCGGUUGCGCGGAGCCUGUGAAUUUCAGAAACAGCACCUUCACGUCUGUGCGACCCGCGUG